ACCAGGCACAACGGAAGAACUCACAGCGUCUCUGACUGCCCAAUGUACAGAUUCACAGAAGUGAGAGUUUCAUCAUUAGUGAUGAUGAUGAAGAUGCUUCUCUUCUUCACGAUCUGCCUGAUUAAAGGUCACAUGGGUGAUGCUGCUGACCCUGUGCCUGCCAUCACAGGAGGAAGUGUCAUCAUCAACUGUAUGUAUAAUCGGGAAAAUGCGAAAACCAGUGCAAAAAGCUUUUGCAAAAUGUUGGGCAGUGAAUGUACAACCAUGACAGAAGAAAAGAACGAUGUAUGGAUCCCAGAAGAGAGAUUCUCUAUGACCGAUAAUAAAACUCUGGGUCUGAUUAGUGUGCUCAUUAGAAACCUGACUGUAAAUGACAGCGGGACGUACAGAUGUAAAGAUGGCAGCGAAUGGUUUCAGGAGGUGAAAUUCAACGUGGAACCAGAGUCGUGUUGUGGGACAUCAGAGGAACAGACUGCGUAUAUUUUAGGAACGGCUGUCAUCCACUGCAAAUAUCCCGAGAAAUAUAAAGACCAUCUCAAGCAAUUAUAUAAAGUGCAGAAUGGAUCGUUAGUGUCUAUUCAUAUAGUUGGAAGUUCGACCACCAAUGAGAGAUUUUCUCUGAAUGUAAAUGAACAGGAGCAUGUCCUCACUGUGACUAUUGCUUAUGUGAGCAGACAUGAUGAUGGGGUGUAUUUCUGUGGAAUAUACAACAACCUUAUCUACACUCCCCUUUUCUCAGAGAUUCAACUUCAUGUUUCAG